ACGAAUGCCUUUCGUAUCCGUGCUUGAAUAACGCAACAUGUGAAGAUCUUGUUAACGCGUACAAUUGUUCUUGUCCCGCGGGAUAUUAUGGAGUUAAUUGUGAAUUUGAAAAUUUAUACCCGAUUGAAAACCUAACACUUCAAUCUGUACCGACCGCAAAGGCAUUUGGUGAAAAUAUUCCUAUUAUUUGGGACAUGGACGAUGGCUCAUACACUUCCGUAGAUGUUUACUACAACGAGAUCAUAUGUUGCAAUGUGACGAAUCUAAAUCGAAUUGGUGGACAAUGCGAUUGCCAUGUUACAGACCCAUUGCUUUUCGAUCCUGACGGGAUCGUGGAUAUCCGUGUUUUCGCUCGGAAUUCAGUUUCAAACAAAACUUUGAAUUUUACGCUCGAAAUUUUAAAAGUCAUUCAAAAUCCGGUAAUUUCGAUGUUGACGAGUUUUUCCUUCUUUGGCUCUGGGGUAAAGGGUCAAGGAGAGCUUGCCAAUAUAUUCCCAGCCGAGUAUCCCGUAAAGUUGAAUGCAAGCUACAAAAACGGUCCGGCUACAUCUGUUUUGUGGAACUUCGACUGCGAAACUUCAGGUCAAAGCGAUGCAUCGCAUUAUCAACUUGAGAAAUCUUUUCCAGGGGAUGUGAACCAGCGCUGUGAUAUUACUGUCACCUUAAAAAACAGCAUUAGUACUGUACACGCUUAUGGUAGUAUUAUCCUUAAACAAAGCAUGAUCUUCACCAGUCUAUCAAACGACGGUCCUGUCAAGCUUAACAAAACUAUAACACUCACAAUUUUGUUCGAAAAGUUUGCACCAGAAACGUGUAUGUGGAUCGACGUCGGAGACAACAGUUCUCUCCUGGUUUAUGGCGACGCCUCAUGUCAAACAAAGUUCGUCGUUGCUGACAUUAAUCCAAACAUUGCUGCCACACCUCUCCUGAAGUUCUUUCCUCGAAGUCCAAACACACAAGAAGUUAUUGUUGAACAUAUUUAUCCUAACAUUGGAUCGUUUCGUGUCAGAGUAAGCGCGUCAAAUAAUAUCUCCGCGGUUGCAGAAGAAACGGUUGCUGUUAUCUUGGCUUUAGAAUGCAAAAAUCCGAACAUCACUAUCACGGGCCUGGCUCCAAACUCGUCCAAUAUCUUGAACGCCACACAAGUAUAUCGUUCGGUCUCAAUCUCAUUAUCACCUGAACUACAACUAGACUGUGAAAAAACCGAAGCAACCAAAGUGACCUGGACAGUAUUUGAUUUUGUGGAUGAUCCACGCAUACACCUUGGUUAA